GUCGCGACGCCCUUCGUUCUCACGGUCCGCACUUGCCGGCGGAUCGGGGGCGCACGAGUGACGGGACGAAAACGGGACUCGGAUAUCCGUGUGUUGGUCGUUCACGUGCCAGGGACCUCGCGCGAUAUUUGCCUCUAUUUCUUGAGUGCGUGACACGUGAAGGAAAAGAAAACACGUAACUAAACAGAAGCAGAUGCAUAUUUCCGUCGGGACUGUUCACGUGCGACGACUACGUUCCAGUGUAACGAGGAUCGAAACAAUUCGAUGACAAUACUCGCGACAAGCUAUUUCUCGUGUGUCGGCUUUUUUCCUCGAGGAUGAUAGAAUCGGUGAUAAAUUGAACUUUGAAUUGAUUAUCGACAAUAAUAAACAAUAUUUACCCAAAAGGAUUGAGACGCAAGAAAUUAAAUAGUUAUCGACCAUAAUAAGUAGUAUUUAUCUUUGCGGGUAAGGAGUACAGAAAAGUUAAAAGAUACGUUGUAACGGCAAGAAUAAGGGAACGAGGCGACCAGGUAGAGAGAGACGCCGUUGAAAAUGAUAUUAAGGCAUCGGACUGAUUGAAACGAGGGAAAUGGCGACCGCCGGGGUCGGUAGUGAAAUGAGUGCGACGCGUUUUAGUGUGUGGUCCUGCGUUGUUCUGUUUGGGGCUGCGACAUUCGUCCACUCGCAAGUCACAUGGACACCGAUCUACUUAGGCGAGCACAGUCAAGUAGAUCUUUGGACACAAACGACGAAAGGCUGCGCCUGCAGUUUUAAUUCAUCCAGCAACGAAUGCGCGUGCUGCGUCCCAUCCGGAGGAUGCAGCUGUGGCGCAGCGUCGCCGGACAGAUGCGCUCAGUGCGGACUGGAGAAACACUGCGGCAACAUGUGCAAUAUAACGCUGGACAGCAAGCAGUUAUUCAGCAAAUCGGAUCGCGGUUUCGGACAAAUAAAGUCGCCGUCUCUUGAAGGACCCUCGAGGUGUAUGUACAGAUUCGUGCCGGACACUGGCCAGCGAGUCGAGAUACAAAUCUAUCGACUGAUCUCCAUCGGACAACACAACGGCAUCGCGUAA